AUGGCCGUCAAAGAGUUCCUCGACUCGGAUCGAGUCAAUUUUCUCAUCUGGAGGUACCUCCUGGAAGGCAAUUACCGCGAGACUGCUGCCAAGUUCCAGAAGGAAUGGCAGGUCAAGCAGCCACACCACCAAUUCUCAUUUGCGCCUCACGUCAAGGGCCACGCGCUCGUCUCCGUCAUCAAUAGAGGCCUUCUCUAUCAGUCACUCGAGCGCCAACGCGCGAGCAGCCAGUUGUCUGAUGAUCUAGCUCGCACGGCAGAGGCCGAAUCUCUGCAGGUCGGCAUUUUUGGGCCUUUGAACGCGCAGCCACCCGCCAAGGUGGAGGAUGAUGGGGUUCCGGCGACGACGAUUGAGACAGUCACCACCAACCUGACGCCAUUCGCACCACCGCCGGCCACCACCACAGCAGAUGCGGCAUCGGUAUCGACCGCCCGCGUGCAGGAUCACGCACCAAAUGGGUCACCGAUUAAAAGGCCACGACUCAGCCAUGGAUACGAGAAUGGCACCAACGACGCACCUCCGGGCACGGACCCGAUGGACAUUGAUCAGGACCAGCACGACAACCACGCAUACCCUUCACCACUGGAAGGGGAAGAAGCGACAAGCCCGAUCCCCCAUACUGAGGGCCCGGAGCAGGGCACCCAGCACGACAAAGUCGAGGAACUCACGCCGCACACGACGUUCAUCCGCUUGACCGACGACAGAUGGGCCUCUGGCCACUUUGCCUCACCGGGCGCCGACAUGGGCGCGCAGGCCGCAAAUGCCCCGACUCUUUUGCAUUGCCAGUGGAACCCCAAGGAUCCUUCGGUAUUGGCCGCUGCUGGCAGUGGGGCGCUAGCCCGAAUCUGGUCUGUCUCACGUGCGCCGACCUCAGACUCCGAGCCUCACCACGAUCACGUGCCCUCGAAUGGCCUGUCGCUGCUUGAGCCCGAUGCACCUUUAAGCACUGUCGUUCCACAGCUCGCGUGGACAAGUGAUGGAAACUCGGUGGCUUUAGUCGCCGAAUCCGGUGGGCAGACGUCGGUCCUUAUCUGCGCAUCCGACGGUGGCAUGCUCCAGACGUUUGAUUCCGCUGCCGAGCAGGUGAUCAAGCUUCUAUGGAACAGGAGCAACACGGCGCUGCUAGCGAUAUCACCAUCGCCGGACGAGAACGGUGCAAUUAUUACGGUGUACCAGAAUUUCCCGAAUGGAACGUCGCAGUCCCAGUCUGUGCUGUCCUACACGCUGCCAGACCACGAUAUCAACGCGGCACCGCUGGAUGCGAGCUGGAUCAGCGAUCUCGAGUUUAUCAUUUGCGGAGGCAACCUCCUCGCCACACUGUUCUGUGCCGAGGACAAGAUUGUGCAGGUGCGCAAGUUCGAAACGAAGCCCGACGAUGCCUUGCGCAGUGUGCUCUACGACUGGCACUCUGAGCUGACGGCCACUGGUAGUGAAACGGGGAUUCUAGACCUUUGGGACACCAAUGGCCGGCGUCGGUCCAUACAAGCUCACCAGGGUGCCAUUACCUCGAUGGAAUGGCAGCCAUUGACGGGGCCCGCGAAUUCAGAUAACGAGCGACUGAUUGCCACCGGAGGCGAAGACUGCGCCAUUCUCAUAUGGAACGUCCGCAUGCCCGAGAGCAAACAGCGCUGCUUCCUAACCAUGAACUCACCCAUCGUGCGACUUGCAUUCACACCCGAUGGCGUUUUCAUCGCUGGUGCGUCGGCGAGUCAGGUCUUGAUCUGGAAGGUGUCCAGCCCGACAUUCCCACGAGCUUCGUGGCGACGCAAAUCGCACCCCGGGUGGGAGAGCCCCAGGGCUGCCUCGGAUAGUGACGAGGAGUAUGCCGAGCACUGUCUCUGUUGGGAUGCGAAUGGACAAAAGCUGGCCUACGGCUCGAAUAGCAGACUGGCUAUUAUCAACUGGCGGCGAUGA